GGGUGACCCAGAAAAAUGCAACUACCACUUCGGGCAGAGUGGACUGCACUUGGCGGCCGCCAGAGGUCACCUGCCUUGUGUCACCUUCCUGGUGGCGUUUGGAGUCAAUGUGUGGCAACUGGACCACGACUCACGCACGCCCAUGCAGCUGGCAGCCGCCCAUUCAAGGCAUGCCGUCCUCGACUACCUCGAUAAAGCAGCUGCCAAACAGGAGGCAACCAACAAGAGAGAGGCGAAAUUGAGGAAGGAGAAGGCACAAAAGGAUGCCGAACGCCAUAGAAAGAAGUACGAAGAGAGAAUGAAGAAGGAACGUGAGAAAGAAGAGAAGAGGAUAAAGAAAGUGGAGAAGGAAAUUCUUGGAGGGCACAAGAUAGAGGUGGAUACUCCGAUACCUACAACUCUCCCUUCAGGUGGAAAACGCGGUAGAAUAGCCGACGUUUUUGACACAAAAGGCGAAUUAAUUCGCUCCAUAUCGCAGCCCGAUUAUCUGAACAGUGCCGGAGUCGGUGGUGUAGAAGUGGGGGGAAGCCCCCUCCACGAACAGGCAAGCAUCUUUGAUAGACCUGGAUUCGGAAGUGUUGCUUUUAGACAAAGAAACGCCCUAGCCGGAACCUUGAGUGCCCUGCCAGCCCUGGACCUAGACAAGGACAGCGGGGGAGAAGGACAGGAUGGGUUAGGAGUAGGAGGAGGAGGAGAAGUAGGAGUAGGAGGAGGAGAAGAGGAUAGCAGUAUUGGCAGUGCUGGAAGUCUUGCUAAGAGGAACCAGGUGGGAGGGGUGGGAGGAGUCCUACAUUGGCAGCAUCAUCACGCCGACAUUGAUACUAGUGACGAAGACGCCCUGGACACAGGAAGCGACUUGGCGUUGGGCGACACGAGUGGCUGGUCGGUGGCGCUGAAGCGGUUCCUGGUGGCGUCGGGGUGCGGCGAGUGGUGGCCGCAGCUGGUGGAGCAGCGCAUCGACCUGGACGCCCUGCUGAUGCUCAGUGACGGCGACCUGGUGCAGCUGGGCAUGCCCAUGGGGCCCCGCCGCAAGCUGAUGCAUCAGUGCCGCCAGCGCAGGCAGGCCAUCGACACACCUGGACACAUGCACGAUAGUCGGCUGUGAUAGGGCCACCUGAUAGACAAAGAGAGCAAAGAGGCAGGAGAUAGACGAGAAGAGGGUGAUACAGGGAGGGAGUAAGUGAGAGUAAGAGUGAAGGUUGAGAAGAAGAAGAGUAGUUAGUAGAAGAAGAUAGAGACAGAGUGAGUAAGUGGAGGAGAGGAAGAAGAAAAGGAGUGGAAGAAGAAGAUGGAGGAGAAGAGAAGAAGAAGAAGAAGAAGAAGAAGAAGAAGAAGAAGAAGAGAAGAAGAAGAAGAUACAGUGGAAUAUAGGGAGUGUGUGAGAGAGAGAGAGAGUGUGAGAGAGUGAGUGGGAGUAAGAAAGUGAUAGAGGCACCUGGAAAGAUGCAGGAUAGUCGGCUGUAGAAGGAGAAGAUAUAUAGAAGAAAGAGAAGGACACGGAGAAGAAGAUAAAGGACAAGUAGAGGAAGAACAUAGAGGUGGAGAAGAAAGGUAAGGAGAGGAAGAAAGAUUGAUUGAUUGAUUUUUAUUUUGUUGUGAGGAGAAAGAGAAGGGAAAGGAGAAGAAGAAGAAGAGGAAGAGGUAGGAGAAGUAGAAGAGGAAGAAGAGUAGGUCGUAGAAAAAAACAGAGACAGAACGAGACAGAGGAGGGGAAGAAGAGGAAGGAGAAGAAGAAGGAAUAGACGAAGAAGAAGAAGAAGAGGAAAAGGAAGAGGAAGUGGUAAGAGGAGGAGGAGAAGGAGAAGAAGAGGGAUGAGAAGAGUGGAAAGAAGAAGAAGACAAUGGACGAGAAAAGGUGGAGCAAGAAGGAGAGAAGAAUAGUAGAGUGAGAAGGAAGAGGAUGAGAAGAGAGAGAGAGAACAGAUGAGAGUGAAGGAAGAAGAGGGAGAGAAGGAUAGUAGAGGGAGAAGGAAAAGGAUGAGAAGAGAGAGAGAGAGAGAGCAGAUGAGAGUGAAGGAGUAGAAAGGAAAGAAGAGGGAAGGAAGAACAAAAAGAGUGGGCAGGAGAAGGAGAAGAAAAAGAGAGAAAGAAGGAAAAUGGAGAGCAUGAGUUGAAUGAAGAUGGAGGAGAAAAGUAGAGAAGAACAGGAGAGUAAGCAGGAUGAGGA